AUGCUUCUUUUUCGUAUCAUUCACAUUUAGAAAACAAAAGAUCACCCUCAACAAAUGAUUUUUAGCAUGUAUCUAGUUUUAAGGUAGGAGAGCUUAAAUAUUGAAUAAUUGAAAUUGAGAGAUAUAAAGAGAAAAUUAAGAGAGCCCUGUUUAAUUAUGGCGAAUGCAACACAAUUAAUUAACUUUAACUAUUAAAUAAUUAAUCUUUCAGGCAAGAGAUUUAGUGGACUUAGUAACAAUCUAUGCAAUUCAAAUUCAUUAUUAUCGCUUCGGUUAGUGAAAUUAUGA